UUGAAGACAUCGGCCUCCGUCUCUUCCGGUACACCUGUGAAAGGCAAAAAGCAGAGCAUCACAAAAGAGAAGGUUGUAAACCCCAAGAAAAGCACCUCCACACCCAGCGGAACUCCCUCCAAAGCAAAGGCUUCCGGUCAGUCUCUGGAGUCGACCCCCCAGCAUAAGCCUUGCCUCCGCUCCACACCUCAGUCCUCGGCGUCUCCCUCGCCAACCGCCAAGAAGGCUCCCAGCGUGGCCGAGAAAACCACCACGAGCAGCCGGAGGCGACUCGUGGAGCGGAGCUGCAGCAAAGAUUCUAUGCACACAAGCCCUCUGGUCGACAGCCUCCGGGGCAGCUCUGUGUCCCGCUCGUCGCUUUCCAAGAGUUCAGAAAGCAACAGGCCGGAGAGGAGGUCUGUGAGAAGUUCCAGCAGCAGCUCCUCCGUCACCAGCCUGCGCUCGCCCAGCGUUUCCACCAAAGACCUGCAGCGGAACAGCAAGUCGGAGGAGAAAGGCUUGUCCUUCUUCAAGAGCGCCCUCCGGCAGAGGGAGAGCCGCCGGUCGGCCGACUUGGGAAAGAGCUCCGUGCUCACCAAAAAGGCCUCCGAAAGGACAUGCAAGCAGAACGGGCAAGCCAAGGAGAUUGGGGGUGGGGAUGGAAAAACCGGAGAUGCCGUGUCUUCGCAGGCAUCGACAGAAACUCACCGGGGUGAGACAAAGGAGUCCUCCAAACCCCCCAGCUCGCUCAGUCGCACUCUUCUAAAUGUAGGCAAGUCCAAGUCUUCCACUUCAGAUGUAAGUAGUAAGGCUCCCACAAAUGGGAAGAAGCCCCUUGAGAGGGGGACGUCAUCCCGAAAGCUGUCGACAAGCAUGCAAUCGCCUGCACGAGCAACUCAGAGGCCUCAGUGA